UACAACAACUUGUAGUGACGAAAUUUUUCCGGUGCCCUACCUACGUGUCCAAAGCAAAAUGAAAACUAACCGGUGUUCAAUUUUAUUAAUAUUAAUUUUCUAUACUAUUUGUCUAACUCAGGCAAAAAUUAUUAAUAAGAAUGUUGAUCGUUCGUUAGAUAUAUCAACCCAACUAGUUAAGGAGCUAACUAAAAUAACAGCAACCAAUAGCGAUGGCAAGCCGAUUAGCGUGUACACGUUCAUUGUACCAGCUGCAGAUCGUAAAAAUUUAGCAUUUAUCGCCGCAAGAGAUGAAAAUAAAAAAGAGUUAAAAUAUACGGAAAAAUUGGUUGAUGGAAAUCACCAAUUCAUUAUUGCAUUCCCAAAAUCGACGGCCACUGAAGUGUUCACUAUUGAAGCCGUGUACACAAAGAAGUUAAUACCCCAUCCCAGUCAGAUACCGCAAUCGGGGAAGCAACUUGUAAGGUAUGAGGGUAAUCUAUACUUGAAUUCACUGUACGAGACAAAGAGUCAGAAGCUUAGCGUUUUAUUAAGCUCCGCUAAUAUACUCUCUUAUACACAAACCAAGCCCUUCAAUGUUGCGUCUAAUAAAAUUAAAUAUGGACCUUACGAAAAUAUCGAAGCCUUAUCAAAUCAAUCACUUGUCAUACACUACGAAAACGAACGCCCAUUUUUAACCACAACACGACUUGAGCGUAUUAUCGAAGUAUCGCAUUGGGGCAAUAUUGCAGUGAAAGAAAAUCUUUACAUGGAACAUACCGGCGCAUUGUUGAAGGGUUCAUUUUCGCGUUAUGAGUUCCAAAAGGAUGCACGUUCCGGUCACGCUAUUAAAUCGUAUAAGACGAUUUUACCUGCAUCAGCAUCUGAUGUCUACUACCGUGAUACUAAUGGCAAUAUUUCUACGUCAAAUAUGAAAGUUAUGCGUGACUUUGUUGAAUUGGAAUUGCGGCCACGUUUCCCUCUUUUCGGUGGCUGGAAAACACACUACACACUAGGUUAUAACAUACCAUCUUUCGAAUACCUUUUCAACGCCGGCGAUAACUAUCAAUUAAAAAUGCGUCUAAUCGAUCACAUCUACAACGAUAUGGUAAUUGAUGAGGCGGAGAUAAAAAUCAUUUUACCUGAAGGUGUCUCCAAUAUCGAAAUAACAACACCAUAUCCAGUGAAGCGUCUACCAAAUGAAGUGCAUUACACAUAUUUAGAUACCGUUGGACGACCGGUUAUAAUAAUGUCUAGCAAAAAUCUGGUAGAAAAUCAUAUUGCAAAUUUCAAUCUAAAGUACAGUUUCUCGAAGAUUACACUUUUGCAAGAGCCACUUUUGGUUGUUGCUUUCUUCUUUAUUAUUUUCAUUAUUGCAAUCAUUUCAAUUCGUCUUGAUUUUUCAAUUAGCACCACACAUAGCCACAAGGACUAAAAUGAUUUUUAGUUAAUAAGUUAUACUAAAGAAGCAGGAGUGUAAAAGUUACUUUAACUUUAUUAACUAAAAAAUAAACCUGUAGAUUUCAAAAAAAAUAAAUAAAUAAAAUACAUUUUUGAAA